CAUGUUCAUAAAAUACAUUAAACAUUAGAGCUGAAAUAAAGUUGUUUCUGUGAUCUGCAGGAUGCUUUUUAUCCAGGAAGUCAUUACAUAUGACUCUUCAUUGGUAGCAGUUUUAAAAGCGUCACAUUAUUUUUCUUUGCUUGCAGUUUUUCCCCCAAUUCCUGCAAUUUUAAAAGCCAUAAAACAUCACAAUUUUUCAGAAAAGCUGCUGCAAAAUCAAACAUUUUUGGCUGCAGUAAAUUUUAAAAAAAAACCCUGUGACUCCUGGAGGGAAGAUCGAUGAACUUGUGACCUCGUCUCAGUAUAAUAACGUACACAGAAAUACCAAAACAGUCUGUUUCACUGUCUGUCUGUCUAUAGAAGCCUGGCAUGUGCAAUAUCAUUGACCCUGCAAAGUCCAGGCCAAGCACUUUCUAUUGACAUCACACACACACACACACACACACGCAGCAGAAUCAGCAGACACAUCAGGAUGAAGGGAAACAGUCGAGGCAGCAGAAACUUUUAAAGCCUCCUCUUUUGUCCGGCGGGCCGGGACCUCGCCCCUCGCUCGCCCCCCUGCCGUAUAUAUUGGGGGGUCCAACUUUUUCUCUGUUACACUGUGUGUGUGGUUGUGGGCCAGGUUGGACGACAUCCAGUGGGCAAAAAUGUCGCAGUAUUCUGGAAAGAUCACCUUCUAUGAGGGGAAAUGCUUCACCGGCAGGAAGCUGGAGGUCAGAGGUGACUGUGACAACUUCCAGGACCGCGGCUUCAUGAACAGGGUGAACUCCAUCCGUGUGGAGAGCGGCGCCUGGAUCUGCUUCGACCAUCCCGACUUCAAGGGCCAGCAGUACAUCCUGGAGCACGGAGAGUACCCAGAAUUCCAGAGGUGGAACUCCCACAACGACCACAUGGGAUCCUGCAAGCCCAUCCGCAUGCAUGGAGAGCAUUACCGCAUCGAGCUGUUCGAGGCCUGUAACUUCUCCGGUCAGUGUGUCGACAUCUGCGACGACUGUCCCUUCCUGCAGAGUCGCGGCCUGUCCAAGAACUGCAUCAACUCCGUCAAGGUGUACGGAGACGGAGCCUGGGUGAUGUACGAGGAGCCAAACUUCCGUGGCCGUAUGUACAUCGUGGAGCGCGGCGAGUACGCCAGCCAUAACGAGUGGCAGGCCCAGAACCCCAACAUCCAGUCCAUCCGCAGAGUCGUCAACUACUUCUAAACCAUCUGACCUCUGACCCCCCACAGACCCUCUCCAUGACACAAACUGUGACUUUUACCACCGCUGUAAUCAUGUACAAUAAAUAAAUCCAGACUUAAAUAAGAAAAAAAAGGUUUUUUAUCAAACACUUUCUGUGUGUGUGUGUUGUUUCGUGGGACCGAAUAUUCAUCAGUAUAUAAAACCAUCAUAUCAAUAAACAACCAUCAAUAUACAACCAUCAACACACAACCUUCA